AUGUCAGGGUCGACAGAUACCAGAAAUCUCUCCAUCCUUGCAUCAGCUCGGAAAGCAGAAGUCCCCAGCGAGAUCCCUCAGAAAGCACAUUAUUCCCCACCAUGGGCGGACAUGAGCAUAAUCGGAAUAGCUGGAUCUUCAGGUUCCGGCAAGACAAGUCUGGCGGUGGAAAUUGUGCAGUCCUUGAAUCUUCCCUGGGUCAUCAUCUUGUCCAUCGAUUCAUUCUACAAGUCGCUAACCCCUGAACAAAAUGCUCUGGCACACCGAAAUGAGUACGAUCUCGACUCACCAGAAUCGAUCGACUUUGAUCUCCUUGUGGAGAAACUGAUAGAUCUCAAGAAAGGGAAGAGAACCGAUAUACCAAUAUACUCUUUUCAGCAACACCAGAGAUUAGACAAGACCGUCUCGAUAUACUCACCGCAUGUUGUUAUCCUCGAGGGAAUUCUAGCCCUGCACGAUCCACGUGUACUCGACCUAUUGGACAUGAAGAUCUUCGUUGAAGCAGAUCCAGAUGUCUGUCUGUCGAGGCGCAUCGUGCGUGAUGUGAGGGAGCGGGGUCGAACUAUUGAAGGGACCAUCAAACAGUGGUUCAGUUAUGUCAAGCCCGUCUUUCAGAAAUUCGUCGACCCGCAAAGAGAGAUUGCCGACCUGAUAGUACCCCGUGGUAUGCAGAACAAGAUGGCGAUUCAGAUGAUCGUCAACCAGACCAGACAGAUCUUGAAGGAGAAGUCCAUCAGGCACAACGCGGAACUGGAGAAGCUGGGCCAGCAGGUCGAAGAUUAUACCCUCUCCGAGAAUGUCAUGGUCCUAGGUGAAACACCACAAAUUGUCGGGGUAUCAACAAUCCUUCGAAACCCGAUAACUAAUCAGGUUGAAUUCGUCUUCUACUUUGACAGGUUGACGGCGCUCUUGAUCGAGAAAGCUCUUGACUGCCACAACUAUAUCGCCGCCAACGUUACAACCACGACAGGCUAUACGUAUUCUGGACUCAAAUCGGCCGGCAAAGUUUCUGCAGUGGUCAUUCUUCGCGGCGGAAGCUGUAUGGAGACGGGGCUCAAGCGAACCAUUCCAGACUGUCUGACUGGACGACUGCUUAUACAAUCCAACAUUCGUACUGGAGAACCAGAACUGCACUACCUCAAGCUCUUCCCUGAUCUCGCCGAACACGAAACAGUCAUGCUAUUAGACCCACAGAUGUCGAGCGGUGGAGCUGCCCUAAUGGCUGUCAAAGUUUUGGUUGAUCAUGGGGUCGCCGAGGGAAGAAUUGUCUUUGUGACGUGUAUGGCUGGGCGACGGGGUCUGAAGAGGUUGAUGACAGUUUUCCCUAAGAUCAAGGUGGUGGUGGCUAGGAUUGUCGAAGACAAUGAGAAGAGAUGGGUAGAGGAGAGAUACUUUGGCUGUUAG